AUGUCCUCUCCAUCACAUCCGACAGCAUAUUCCCACUCGUCUAUUUAUCGAAUGCCCGUCGGCCAAGACGCCUUGCGCAAGGGCUUUCAAGAGCGGACGUCUUCCCAUCCCCAAACAGGCUGCCCACCAUCCCCACCUGUCGCAACCAUUAACAUGAUUCACAGCGGUAAUGGACUAGGACUGUUCAAAACGCCGCCACCAAUAAAUCACGUUCUUCCGGCCCACAUAGACCCAUUGCCAGAUACUGUCGACCCUAGACAGCUCUACUCUACUCUCCCGACCAUCAUGGUACUCGGAACCUCAGACACCGAUAGUUCAUUCCACGACGACUCGAGCAGCAUAUUCUCAUCCAGCCUCGGCUCUACGUCACACUCAUCUUCACCGGCCUCAGAAUCCAAACCUUUGCUCUCAUAUUCUAAAGCGCACUCUCCAUCACCCUCAAACAUCCAUCCUACCGCGUCCACACCCGGCCCUCGUCGACGGCCUGAUCUCGCUCGCUCUCAUCGACUUCAACCUCCGAGCAAAAUUACACCACCCUGCGCAGGUUUGACUGCUACCCUGCUACGGCCACCUCGCCAGACGGGAAAGAAAUCCAAGCGCGACGAAGACGAUGAUGGCGACGAUAUAGAUGGUCAGGUCGCCGCCGACACUACGCAUGUGCGGGCUUCCGGUCAUCAUGCCAAUCGUUCAUGCGGUUCUGCACGUCAUUCGACCGCUGGUCCCAACGCCAAUCCCCAAUAUCUCCCCUCUUCUCCGUCAUGCUCCGCGACCCCAUCCACGGCAAAGUCACCGUCAAAGCGCCCCACCAAGAGAGUUCGCCAGAGCCCUACUGAGGUUGACCCCGUCUAUUGCCCUCAGUGUAAUAAAGAAUUCAAGCAUACGAGGGACCGGGACCGUCACCUUCGCGAGAGUUGCUUGAUGAACGCUCCAAGGGUGACUCAGGCGUACGAGUGUACCACCUGUAACAUGUCACUCAGUCGACAAGAUGCCCUAUUGAGGCACCGCAGGAGCAAGUCGUGCAAGAAAGCACAGCGCCUAAGCAAGGGUCGUGGAUAG